CCCCAUCAUCUCCCGCACAUACACUCCGCACUGAAGCCACCAACAUCUCUCUCUCUCUCUCUCUCCCCCCACAACCUCUGUUGUCAGAAUCCACAGGACCAAACAAGGAAGAGAGGCAGAAACAAAGAUGGCCCUCGCGAAAGCAAUCAUGGUUUCUUCUUUGAUCGAGAGGUCUCCAUUUGCUUCUUCAUCACAAUUGCUUCUUGGCCAUAGUUUUCAGCAAAAGCAGAGGCAGCUCUUGGUCAGGCCCUUUGCGGUUCCUUUGGAGAAGAACAGACGAGGAGUGAGGUUGAGUAAAGCUGCGAGGACCAACACUGUGGCGGCUAUCAGUGAGGAUUUGGUCAAAUCCUCUUCUUCUUCAUCAUCGUCUUUGUCUUCUUCUGUUUCUGUUGAGAAAGCAGUGACAUUCAAGGUUAGAGCUGUAGUAACUGUUAGGAACAAGAUCAAAGAGGAUUUUAAGGAGACCCUUGUCAAGCAUUUGGAUGCCAUCACUGACAGAAUAGGCAGGAAUGUCGUUUUGGAACUUGUCAGCACUGAGAUUGACCCAAAAACGAAAGCCCCCAAGAAGAGCUAUGAAGCUGUGCUAAAAGACUGGUCAAAGAAAUUGAAUGUGAAAGCAGAGAGAGUUAAUUACACAGCAGAGUUCAUGGUGGGCUCGGAUUUUGGAGAACCAGGAGCUAUCACUGUGACGAACAAACACCAGCAAGAGUUCUUCAUGGAAAGCAUAACCGUUGAAGGAUUUGCUUGUGGUCCUGUUCAUUUCCCCUGUAACUCCUGGGUUCAAGCCAGAAAAGAUCAUCCUGGAAAGAGGAUAUUCUUUGCCAACAAGCCAUAUCUACCCCACGAGACACCAGCUGGGCUAAGAAUACUGAGAGAGAAAGAACUGAGGAAUCUAAGAGGUGACGGCACAGGUAUUAGGAAAUUAUCAGACAGAAUAUAUGACUUUGCCACCUACAAUGAUCUGGGAAAUCCUGAUAAAGGCUCAGAUCUUGCUAGACCAGUUCUUGGAGGCUCAGAGGAAUAUCCUUAUCCAAGACGGUGUCGUACUGGCCGCCUCCCAACCGACACAGAUAUGAAUGCAGAGAGCAGGGUGGAGAAGCCGCUGCCGAUGUAUGUUCCAAGAGACGAACGAUUUGAGGAAUCGAAGCAGAACACAUUCACGGUCAAGAGGUUGAAGGCAGUGCUUCAUAACUUGAUCCCUGGGCUGAAGGCAAGCCUCUCAGCUAAUAACAAUGACUUCAAUGAAUUCUCAGACGUUGAUGGGCUGUACAGUGAGGGUCUGCUCAUCAAACUGGGUCUGCAAGAUGAAGUUCUCAAGAAAAUCCCUUUGGUCCGCAAGAUCCAUGAAUCAAGUCAAGGCCUUCUUAAGUACGACACUCCUAAGAUCAUUUCCAAGGACAAGUUUGCGUGGCUGCGAGAUGACGAAUUUGCCCGUCAAGCAAUAGCAGGAAUCAACCCUGUGAAUAUCGAGAAGCUCAAGGUUUUCCCACCUGUGAGCAAGCUUGACCCACAAGUUUAUGGUCCUCAAGAGUCUGCCCUCAGAGAGGAGCACAUGCUAGGUCAACUUAAUGGCAUGACCGUUCAACAGGCAAUGGAUGAAGAUAAGCUGUUCAUCAUAGAUUACCAUGAUAUCUACCUUCCGUUUCUUGAUGGGAUCAAUGCCCUUGAUGGUCGAAAAUCCUACGCUACUCGCACCAUCUUCUUCUUGACACCCAUGGGCACUCUCAAGCCGGUUGCUAUAGAGCUCAGCCUGCCACCGGCCGGACCAAGUUCCCGGUCGAAACGCGUAGUCACGCCCCCCGUUGAUGCCACCACCAACUGGAUGUGGCAGCUUGCUAAGGCCCACGUUUGUUCCAAUGACGCCGGUGUGCAUCAGCUUGUCAACCAUUGGCUACGGACACAUGCGAGCAUGGAGCCGUUUAUAUUGGCAGCACACAGGCAAUUAAGUGCGAUGCAUCCUAUAUUCAAGCUAUUGGAUCCUCACAUGAGGUACACACUGGAGAUCAAUGCCUUGGCUCGCCAGAGUCUCAUCAAUGCUGAUGGAAUCAUUGAGUCUUGCUUCACUCCGGGACGCUACUGCAUGGAAAUCAGUUCUGCUGCUUACAAAAACUUCUGGCGCUUUGACAUGGAGACCCUCCCCGCUGAUCUCAUUCGAAGGGGAAUGGCGGUUCCUGACCCAACCCAACCUCAUGGCUUGAGGCUGCUCAUAGAAGACUACCCUUACGCGGCUGAUGGACUGAUGAUUUGGUCCGCCAUUCAAAACUGGGUCCGCGCCUAUGUGAACCAUUAUUACUCGGACCCUGACCUCGUGGCCCAAGACAAGGAGCUUCAAGCUUGGUACUUUGAGUCCGUCAAUGUGGGUCAUGCUGACCUCAGACACGAAACCUGGUGGCCUCCAUUGAACACCAGUGACGACCUUGUCACCAUACUCACAACCUUGAUUUGGAACGCUUCUGCACAGCACGCUGCCCUCAACUUUGGGCAGUACCCUUAUGGAGGGUACGUGCCCAAUCGCCCUCCAAUGAUGAGAAGACUAAUCCCUGAAGAGAAUGACCCGGAACAUGCCAGUUUCCUUGCAGACCCUCAGAAAUACUUCCUCAAUGCCAUGUCUAGCUUGUUGCAAGCUACCAAAUAUAUGGCGGUGGUUGACACUCUGUCCACUCAUUCUCCAGAUGAGGAGUACCUCGGGGAGCGCCAGCAGCCGUCGAUCUGGACCGGCGAUGCUGAGAUGGUGGAGGCGUUCUAUGGGUUCUCGAACAAGAUCAGGCAGAUAGAGAAGGAGAUUGAUAAGAGGAACUGUGACAGGACGCUGAGGAACCGAUGUGGUGCUGGAGUGUUACCUUAUGAGUUGCUUGCUCCUAGCUCAGAACAUGGCGUUACAUGUAGAGGAGUUCCAAAUAGCGUGUCCACAUAAAAAAAAAAAAAAAUCAAAUAAGUGCCACAAUUUACAUGUUGUGAAAACAGGAGUGUAGUUUUGAGAGACAUUAUCACGGAUGGUUCAUUAGUUGCUGCUAUAAAUAUAUGCAGAUGAUGAUAGUUGGGGUGCAUAUGACAUUGUUCAUUUUGCACCUAAGAGUAGGCAGAUAUCCUGGUAGGGUUGUAUAAGCUGUAUAUGGGAAUAGAAGCCGAUGGUAUUGGAGAUGUAACUAUUUGUACAAUGGUGAUAGAAAUUAGUAACUUUCAUGAUAUCAACCAUUCUUAA